UUUCUUUUCGCCAGACUCUGCGAUUCACACGUACUUCCCAGAUCGCGUCUGGGCAGUCCGGAUACCGGCCGCGCUGCUUGUCUUUGGGCUGUGCACCGUUGGUGCAUUCGUGGGCAUUAUCAUGCAGAAAGAGGCGAAGAAGAAGCGAGAAAAGGAACUACGGAGAGGAGCAUGAGCAACAAAUCUAUUGAUGGUUAGCAACCCAUGAUCUCUCUGUCUCUCAUGCAUGCAAUCAAGGUUAUGCCGAUGUUGCUCUGCGAAGGGCAAGCAGGAAGCGCGAGCAGCGCUUCUGCUAGACAAGGCUCAGGUCCUAGACUACAGCGAGAUUCCACUCUCCUUUGAGAGAGGAAGCAAUUGUAGAAGACGACGCAUAACAGGAGGACUAAGCGACGUCUUCGAUGCCUCCGCUGGUGAUGCGGUACGUCGCCUCCCCUUCAGGCAUUUCGGGACUGUCAACCUGAGAUACGCAAAGACGAUAAUGGAUUCAGAGAAGGAUCCGUCCAACCUCGCGUGUGGAUACCAACAAUCUUUGCAAUGCGCUCCUCUCCACGGCCUUUGCGCAACGAGACACGGGUGGAAGAAGCGUGACUCAGAAUGUGGCCUCCGAGCGGCCUGUAUCGUGAUCAAUGCAUUUGUUUUCAGCAGUCAGACGGCUUGCACGCGGCGGUUCGACAUCUUCUGCUUCUCACUUCUUGUCUGCCUGGAACGCCAUCGCACCUGGGUCAGCUGAGACUUGGUUGACAAGGACGACCGCCGUGUUGAACUGUCUUUCCCGGAAGAUUAAUU